AUGUGGUCGGUCGUCGGGGUCGGCCGUGGUCUUGGUAGUGAGGUGAUGAUCUGGACCGAUCAUGGUCCGUUGCCUUCCUGGUCGACCGUGGGUCGAGCAAGGUCCAUUAAGUCUCUGUACAGCCGCCUUGGUCGGUCAGUGAAGGCCGAGGGAAGCCAAUUCCCUUCCUGUCCGGCCGAGUGCGUUCGGCCGGCUGUGGACCAGUCUUCAGUACAAACGUGA